AUGUCCCUCUUUUGCAGCUCCUCCCCUACAACGAGCAGGCCGAUUCUGUCCAAGCUAGCUCCGCGACAAAUCCUGUCCUUCUUGUAUCCCAUCGAAAUUUCGAGGUAUACACAUUUUCAGGCUCGAGAUACCCAGCGUCAACUUCGAACUUCUGUUGCCACCGCAUCAAAUGGAGUGGAAGCAUGGUUCAUCAAUUCCCUUGCAGACGCAGGCAGCUGCCACAAAAACCCUCGAAAACCCCUACAACGAACUACAUUUUUCACAGCCAAUCGACCAAGGAUACCCUCUAGGAAGCGGGAGUUGCAUGUCGUAUUAUUCCAAAGGCAUCGGCACACCCAGGACGGUGUCGAGGAAGCUCCGGAGGAGGACGAUGUUAAUAGCGGGAAAGUUGCAGUUGAAGAGCUACCUCCAGAACCAAACCGAACCAAAGAAGAGCUUUUGGAAUUGAUAGAUCAGUAUGGCGACACACAAAAUACGGAUCAGCUCCCAGUUCUCGAGCCGCCGCCUCGCUAUCCACCCAGCGAUGGUCCAAAUAUUACAGUUUCUGACAAGCCAGAAGACGAAUGGCCUCCUCCGCAUUAUACCUGGCCCGCAGAUGCGGAGACAAGCAUCAAGCUUGAUAAGCUCAACCAAUAUCUCAAAGAAGUCGACGAGAAAGAUCCCCAGGAGAUAUUCCGAAUGUAUAGAGCUUUACCCGCUCCCCGUGCUGCGUAUCUCCCAUCCAAAACACGGCAUGCCAUGCUACACCACUUGUCAGUCGUACAGAAGAAAGAUGAGCACUCUAUGCUUAGGUAUCUAUCUGUGGUCGAUGACAUGAAGCGAUGCGCUAUCCCGUUGCUCAUCUCGGAAUGGACCAGUGCUAUUUCUUUUGUCGCCAGUUACGUGAACAGGAUCACAGAAACCGAGGUCGAAGCCGCGCUGCAGAUGUGGAGAGAGGUUGAGCACGUCUCAGGCGUCAAAGGAAACGAAGCUACUUUCAACGUUCUCUUCGAUGCAGCGUGCAAGGCUGGAAAGUUCGUCCUAGCUGAGAUGAUCUACAAAGAAAUGGGAAACCGCGGCCUCCCCAUGGAUCGGUUCCACCACGUGAGCCUGAUUUUCUUCCACGGACUAAAGCAAAAUGGAGAUGAUGCUCGGGCAGCAUAUAACGCCCUCGUAGAGGCUGGCGAGAUCGUGGAUACUGUAGUUUUGAACGCCAUGAUAUCAGCUCUCAUUCGAUCAUCGGAACCAGCAGCAGCAGAAAACAUAUAUGAGCGCAUGAAGAAGAUGCACUUCGGGCAAAAGCAUCCCAGAUUACCACAAAAAGAUUGGAAAAAGCGACGAACGGUCAAUUUGUCGUUGAGGCUAUUGGGCAAACUAUCUAGGAACAACCGGGACAUGCGAGAGAAGUUCCAAAGCAAGUCCGUCGUUGCCCCCGAUUUACACACCUAUCAAAUCCUGCUCAACUAUUCCGCUGUCAAAGCUGGCGACCUCCAAAUGACUGCCCGGUUCCUUGACGAAAUGAAAAUGUUCGAAGUAGAUUUGCAUGGGGCGCUUUUCAUGGCACUCUUCAGAGGCUUUUCUACACAUGGGGGUGUACGUUACUCGGAAUGGGAUGCGGCACGUCUAGAAUCUGUCUGGAAAUCCUUGCUCAAGUCCAUUGAUGACGAAGUCGAAGACGUGUACCUGUCCAAAUGGCUGAUCUCAUGGGCUCUACGGGCGUUUGGGAAAUGCGCGGGAAAAGCAAGGACUAUGACUGCUUGGGAGGAGAUCAGAGAAAGGUGGACAGAUCCUACCGAAGAAGAGCUCGACUUUGUGUUAGGGAAUUUGAGAUCGAUUCUGGAUGGCCCAGACUUUGUUGCCAGGCGUCGCGACAUGUUCUUGGGGUAG